UGAGCAGAGGUGCGGACUUCACUUGGAAAACUCUGUCGCGACGGGCGCAAAUGAAAGAAACAACGGAGGAGUUGGUAUCGCAACGGGCUGGGACGUCUCUGAGCAGCUUUGUAGAGGAGAGAGAAGAACAAAUGCUGGAGCUGUGGCUGGGUAGUGACAGGAUGCUUGUGGAUGCCUCUUGCUUGCAUGGAUUAAGGGGCCAGCCAAAGCAGGUGGGGGGACAAACUCAUAUCUUCACUUUGAGACAUGCUGUAACACUGGAUUAAGGGCACUGCUAUUGCAGAAAGAAAAGGCUGUCAGUGUGUAGUAGUGCCGAAGGCUGCAAAGGCAUCUGUGGGAAGUUCCUGAGAGUACAGGGCGGCACUCAAGGAGGACUGAAACUUUUUGACAAGAAAGGAUUCAGAACGCACCGUCUUUGUUGGAAGGGGUGAGAUCGCUGUCGCAACCUCCUGGAGUUUUAAAGAAAGUUGGAGGUGACGUGAUGGUGGUGUUGUGGCUGCUUCAGGACUGGACCUGGCUGGUGGUUUUUCUUGUGUCUGGACUUGCAUCACUGAGCCGUGUGUCUGAUGCCAACAUGUUGGACUCCUUGCUACUGAAGAGCAGAUGGAGGGAGGAAUCGGAGCGAAGGGCGGAGCAGAGCAGCAGCACACCCACUGUUUCGGCUGAAAACACACGUCGGUGCCACUGCUACCCACAGUGCCCUGAGGGUUCUGUCAACAACACUUGCAUGACUAAUGGUUUCUGCUUCGCCAUGGUUAUGGAGGAAGAGGGCGGUCAUGCUGUUCUGACCGCAGGUUGUUUGGGACUUUCUGGCUCUGAAUUCCAGUGCAGAGACACGUGGGUUAUACGUCCAUGGAGACGUCUCGAGUGUUGCACGGAUCAGGACUACUGCAACAGAGAUCUACGUCCUACACUUCCUCCACUUGUGACUUCAGAAUAUGGGGACAGCAGUAUCCAGUACAUAGUUCUCUUCACUUCAGUCACCGUUUGCAGUGUCCUUUGUGUCCUUCUUAUCUUCUGGUACUUCAGAUACAAGCGCCAGACGUCACAGGCACACUAUAGUAUUGAUCUUGAGCAGGACGAGACCUUCAUUCCGCCUGGAGAAACACUGAAGGACCUUAUAGAGCAUUCCCAUAGUAUCGGUUCAGGUUCUGGGUCUGGACUCCCUCUGCUGGUUCAGCGCACCAUUGCCAAGCAGAUUCAGAUGGUCAAGCAGAUCGGAAAAGGGCGAUAUGGAGAGGUGUGGAUGGGCAGAUGGAGGGGGGAGCGAGUGGCCGUCAAAGUCUUCUUCACCACUGAGGAAGAGAGCUGGUUCAGAGAGACAGAAAUCUAUCAGACCUUCCUGAUGAGACAUGACAACAUACUGGGAUUCAUAGCCGCUGACAUUAAAGGAACUGGAUCUUGGACUCAGCUCUACUUAAUUACAGACUACCAUGAGAAUGGAUCCUUAUAUGACUACCUCAAGUCCAACACAUUAGAUGUCAAGGCCUUGCUAAAACUGGCCUACUCCUCCAUUUCGGGACUCUGUCACCUGCACACAGAAAUCUAUGGCACACAAGGCAAACCUGCAAUUGCACACAGGGACUUGAAGAGCAAGAACAUCCUAGUCAAGAAGAACGGAUCGUGUUGUAUUGCAGACCUGGGGCUGGCUGUCAAGUUUAACAGCGACACCAAUGAAGUAGAUAUCCCUUCUAACCUACGGGUUGGUACAAAGCGCUACAUGCCACCUGAGGUGCUGGAUGAGACCCUGAACAGGGGCACUUUUCAGUCUUUCAUCAUGGCUGACAUGUAUAGUUUCGGUCUUAUUCUGUGGGAGAUGGCUCGACGUUGCAUCUCUGGGGGCAUUGUGGAGGAGUAUCAGCUCCCCUAUCAUGACCUUGUUCCCACCGACCCUUCCUAUGAGGACAUGAGAGAGGUUGUCUGCAUUAAAAAACUAAGACCUUCAAUUUCUAAUCACUGGAGCAGCGAGUGUUUAAGACAGAUGGGAAAACUGAUGACAGAAUGUUGGACUCACAACCCACCGUGUCGCCUCACAGCCCUGCGGGUGAAGAAGACUCUGGCAAAGAUGUUAGAAUCCCAAGACAUCAAACUGUGACAGAGUCAAGAGACAUGCUCUGGUCACUCAGAGACUCGUCAUUACUACUGGCACAGGCCACUUAUACUGGCCAAUAGAAGAAAGGGAAAUAUAAAGAGACCGAAUGACAGGCCAGAAAAUACUGACAAGGAUAAUCGACUCAGAUGAUGGUCACUGUGAACCCAGGAAAUAAAAAGACAAACAAAGGCUUUAUCGUGUCAAUGGAGAUCUUUGCCUCCAUCCUUUCCUCCAACCAAGUGUUUGUGCUUUCCAUGAAAGCUGAGUGAUUGCCAGUUCCUGAGCGUCAAGCGGAACAAGUGGCCAAGGACUCCUGCAGGACAGGACUGUUGAAGUCCUUCUGAUCAGGAGUAACAGGAGUUUCCUGCGCUGCUUUUUAAAAAGCCAUAUAGCAGUAUUCUAUGAGCAUUUUUUUCUUUUUACUGUGAGAACUGCUUUUGU